CCAGCGUCCCCCCUGAUCGCCCCGAGCCCCCCCCGGCUGCCGCUGUGGCAGCGUGCGGCGGUGGCGGGGGCGGUGGCGGGGCUGGCCGGGGCAGGGUGGCUGUACCUGCGGCGGGAGAAGGAGCGGCGGCAGCGCCAGCGGCGGCUCCGGGACCUGCGGGCGCUGGCGCUGGGUCAGGCCGACUUCCAGCUGCACGACACCUCCGGGACCCCCCGCUCCCGCGCCGACCUGCUGGGCCGCUGGGUCCUGCUGUACUUCGGCUUCACGCACUGCCCGGACGUGUGCCCCGAGGAGCUGGAGAAGCUGUGCCGGGCCGUGGAGCUGCUGGAGGCGGUGCCGGGGCUGCCGCCGGUGCAGCCGCUGUUCAUCACGGUGGACCCGGCGCGGGACGACGCGGCGGCGCUGGGGCGGUACCUGCGCGACUUCCACCCGCGGCUGCAGGGCCUCACCGGCACCCAGGAGCAGGUCCGGGCGGCCGCCGGGGCUUUCCGGGUGUACGUGAGCGCCGGGCCCCCCGACCCCGACGGGGACUACGUGGUGGACCACUCGGUGCUCACCUUCCUGCUGGACCCCGACGGGCUGGUCCGGGACUGCUACGGGCGCUCCCGCACGGCCGAGGAGCUGGCCAAGAGCGUCAGGGGGCACAUGGAGACCUACGAGCCGCUGCCCACCCCCGGGUGACCGGGAAUAAAGGGCGGGGGGAACCCCC